AUGUUUACAGUAUUAGGCGAGCAAACUGUGAAGAACCGACUAAUGCGGGCAUAUUGUGAAAAAUUCAUCGUGUUCCAUGGCGCUCGAAAGCGUAGGAGUACUACUUUCAGUUCGGAAGAUUCCGAUGCAAGUGAUGUGUGGUCAGCGUCCGAAGAAACGAGUGACACAAUGAGCAAUUCCGAAUCACUUGAUAUGAGCUACAGUGAUUCUUCGUUCUAUAGCGAAUCGAGUGUUGUAUCAUGCGAGUCUGAAUCUCGAACUGCUGAUAGUGACAUAUCAUUUAAUAGCGGAUCAAUCAGUUCUAGCGAUUUUACAGAUGAAAGUUGGGAGUCUUCAGAGUCUAAAAGUUGGGAAUUGGGUCUUGGGUCUGAAACUGAUAAAAGUUCAGAGUCUGAGACUGACGAAUCAUCCGAUUGUGAAAAUUGGAAAUCUUCAAAUUGCGAAACCGAUGAAAGCUCACAGUACAUAACUGAUGAGAUUUCGGAGUCUGAAUCUGAAAUUUCGCUCUCUUCAGAUUCCGAAACUGACGAAAAUACAAUAUACAAAACUAACGAAUUUUCUGAGUCAGAAAGCUCGACAUCUUCAGAAUCAGAAAUUGAUGAAACUUUAGAGUACAAAUCAGAAACGUCUUCAGAAUCCGAAAUCUCAGAGAAGUCAACUGAAACUGAAGAGCUCCGCGAGUCAUCAUCUUCAUCAGAAACUGAAGAAUCAAGAUCUAUCAGCAAAGAAAUCUCCACAAUUUUUACAACAACCACGUCUACAUCCUUCACUACAAAGCUUACAAAUAAUCCCACCACUUUCCCCACAGAAACUCAAUUUAAAACAAAUCCUGAUGUGUCCCACCACACGACUGAUACUUCCACAAAAACAUCUGAAAGAAGAGAACUUUCUACCACAACCGAAUCCGACACAACAACUCAUAUAUCAUUGAAAACAGAGGCAGCAAAUAUUUUCACCACUACUUCUGGAGAAACACCUUCAACCACAAAUUCUGAUGCUUCACGCUAUACGACCGAAAGUUCCACAACAGUAUCUCAAAAAGGAGAAACUCCUUCGACCAAAAAUUCUGAUGCUUCACACUAUACGACUGAAAGUUCCACAAGAGGGUCUCAAAUAGGUGAAUUUUCAAGCACAACCGAGUCUGUCGCAACCACAUCAACAUCCGUGCAAUCUGAGCCAGCAAAUAUUUCCAGCACUUCUUCAGGAGAAACUCCUUCGACCGAAAAUUCUGAUGCUUCACACUAUACGACUGAAAGUUCCACAAGAGGAUCUCAAAUAGGUGAACUUUCAAGCACAACCGAGUCUGUCGCAACUACAUCAACAUCCGUGCAAUCUGAGCCAGCAAACAUUUCCACCACUUCUUCAGGAGAAACUCCUUCGACCACAAAUUCUGAUGCUUCACACUAUAUGACUGAAAGUUCCACAAGAGUAUCUCAAAUAGGUGAAUUUUCAUUCAACCACAAGCCGAAUACUGACGCAACCAACAAUUCAGAACAAUCACCGUGCAAAAUCUGA